UUGUACAGUGUCCAUUCUCUUUUACACGCAGCUCCCAUUUACGACACUAGAUGUGCACAUGAAUGCACCAGGGUAGCAGCGCAGGUUUCAGAGUUGUCCUAACAUUUGAUGUUCAACUAACAGUGCAGCUUAUAAACGUAUGCCCACUCCGCCGUGGUUGGUCACACACCCAAGUACUUUCAGUACUUUUCAGUGCCGCUAAUUGCAAACUAUGUGUUGGGAUCCUAAAGUAGAGACUGGACAGUCCCACGUUUCUCAAGAAAAGAGUUUACUUCAAGACGUCUCUCAAUGCGUGCUUUUGCCCCAGAAGAAGUUCCUGUACCACUACAAGAACAUGCGCUGGGCAAAGGGUCGCAAUGAAACCUACCUGUGCUUCGUGGUGAAGAGGCGGGUGGGGCCGGACUCACUGUCUUUUGACUUUGGACACCUGCGCAAUCGUAACGGCUGCCACGUAGAGCUGUUGUUCCUGCGUUACCUGGGAGCCCUGUGCCCUGGCCUCUGGGGCAGCGGAGUGAUGGGCGAGAGGAGGCUGAGCUACUCCAUCACUUGGUUCUGUUCCUGGUCUCCCUGCGCCGACUGCUCCAUCGCUCUGUCCCGCUUCCUGGGGCGGAUGCCCAAUCUUCGCCUCAGGAUCUUCGUGUCCCGCCUCUACUUCUGCGACAUGGAAGACAGCCGCGAGAGAGACGGCCUGCGGUUGCUGAGAAAAGCCGGGGUCCAAAUCACAGUCAUGUCUUACAAAGACUUCUUCUACUGCUGGCAAACCUUUGUUGAUCGGAAGCAAAGCAGCUUCAAGGCCUGGGAGAGCCUGCAGCAAAACUCUGUCAGACUGGCCCGGAAACUCAAUCGCAUCCUCCAGCCUUGUGAGACUGAAGAUUUAAGAGACGCUUUCAAGCUGCUUGGACUUUGACUUCCUGACGUGCUUGGCUUCAUCACUACAGUUGCUGACUCAGAUAGAAGACAAAUGCUUUUACGCCCUCAAGGCUUGCAAAACAUGUCUUUCUUCACUUUUACUAACAAUUACUGUAUUUUACAGACCAUAAGUUGUACUUUUUUCAUGGAUUUCCUGCGACUCUUACCCCAGAGUGAGUUCUAUAUGUUGUUUUUCACUCUUACGGCCACAAGAGGGCGCUCUUGUCUUGCGUGCCAGUAUCUGCUCCUCACUCCUGUACUGUCAACAGGGCAGUCACGUCCACGUAUAUACAGUAGAUGACUACUGUUGUUUAUGCUGAGUUACCUGGUUAAUAUGUUAGCUUAACAUACCACCUCGUCACGUUCUGUUAGCCUGUUGUUGUCCAUUUUAUUUUUUCUACUUUCAAGAUGAAAUGUCUGUUCUUGGUCUCUGAUUUCAUAAAAUACUUUUAUUAUUGUAUUAUUGUAAAAUGCAACUUACAGUCCAGUGCAGCGUAUAUGUUUUUUUCCCUCCUCAUUGUGCUUUCAUGGCUGGAGUGACUUAUAGUCCAGGAAAUACAGUCAAUUAUUUUGGCCCUGUCAUUUUUUUGUCUUUGCUAACAUAAUUUCUUGUCAUAAACAUAAUAUUUCCAUUACAUUUUUGUUCGCCCAUGAAAGACCAGUUUGUUUGCACUUUUAAAGAAAGAAGCUGAGAAAUGAAAAUGCUUUACGUACAGGAGCUCCUCCGUGUACGGCUUACAGCUACGUGCUACCAUGUUUUUCACGCUCCCAUAAAUGAAUGAAAGCAGAAUUUUGCUCCAUGAACUCAACACUGGGGAGGGAAUGCAGCAGAAGAAUACGCUAUGUGUGCGGGCACUUGUGGUGUCAGUGCACCAAAGAAAAGGAAAGCCAUCACCAUGGAAGUAGAUCGAUCAAUAAAAAGCUCGGAGAGCAGACACGGCCAACAAUUUUUGCUGUCAACACUGUACGAGUGACCCAGGGGUUGGCAACCCAAGUCUUCCCCAUCUCCUGACCUUGUGGCCUACAUGGCACCCCUGUUAACUGAGUUAACGUGCGGCGUCCCGCUUUCAUACUAAAGAUAAUUUGGAGCCACAAACUGCGGUUUUUGAGUCUUUCUGUAUUAAUUUGAGUAAAAUUGUGUA